AUGUUCCCGCCCAAGGUGGGACAUACCCCUCCGCUGGCCAGGUCUAUACUUCCCCUGAGCCCUCUGGGGAGUAUCAGCACUAUUUCGCACCCACCCAGGGCCACUCUGAUCCAAAUGCUGCGAUUUAGACUCAGCAUUCAUCAUAUGCACCUGGAAGUGUUCCCCAGGCCUCUGGGGCGGCUGGGUGCUAUGGCGGAACAGAUGGCACUAUCGGUCCCACAAAGACUGAUCAUGAGGGGGGUCCUGUAUAAUUGUGACGGGUCGUUUCCAUCUGUGAAGGAGUUGAACGAGCACUACUACGUUUACCACAAGGAAUGGGCUAAGGCAAAUGGCAUACCGGACCCCAGACGCCGCUGCAUGGCCUGCGGGCGGGUAUUGCCAAAGGGGGGUUCCAUCAAGAAGCACGUCAAAGCCCAUCCCGAGUGUCAUGAAUUGGUUGGAGGUCUGCGAACCGACGGCCAGACACUCAACUACAGUGGCAGCGAGGGAGACAAUGGUGAGGGUAGCCACCAGGGCUGA